UCAUAACUUACUGUUCGCGCGCUGCUUCACUGUAUUCUUCAUCAUGUCCUGGACUCAUCUGGUCUUUCUCUCUCUGCUCGCCACCCUCCUCAUCCUCACACUCUCCACCGGGGUGCGGAGUGCAUCGGUGASAGAUGGAAGAGAGGGAAAAGCUGCAGAGCCCAAAGGGUCAGCGCGGCGAGUCUUCAUGCCCGAGGCGGAUGCAGCAAACUUCUUCAAAAAGCGUAGUCGGCGCUCGGCCAAACAUGAGGCGGAGGUCCUCGCUGAGCAGAGGGUAAGGCUGUCAGCUGAUGAGAGGAGGAGGGAGUACUAUGACGAACAGAGGAACGAGUUUGAGAACUAUGUGGAAGAGGAGCGCGAUGAGCAGGAUGAGAGGACACGGGAGAAGACAGAGCAGUGGCGUGAGUUCCACUAUGAUGGACUCUACCCCCGCUAUCCCCGCGGUUGGUGAGCAUGCUCGAUAGGCCAAGGAGAUCAGAACAUAGUGCACCAGCCUGUGAUUGGCAGGACCCUGUGCCACUUAAGACACCUAGCCUAUCAGACGGACAUAACAAGACCAUGGGCGGUGGCCAAAACAUCACUCACCUAGGAGUUAAAAGGUUUACGUACAAAACUAUUAAACUCAAUCAUUUAAAAUGGUAGUAUUAUGUAGAUAAAACACAGUUUUGUAACAUUUAUAUUAAAAACUAUUAAAGACUGGCAGGUCAUGUUUGAUAAAGGAGGCUGUCGUGAUUGGUUGUGUGUUUCUAUGCAUGCUUAUUUCAAUCUCUAUGUUUGUGCAUGUAUCUGUGUGGUGUACUGUUUGGUGUGGUCUGUGUAUCUUUCACAUCUGUCUGCGUAUCAAACUGUACGGCCUUUUCUGUAUGGUAACCCAACUGUAAUCACAAUUAUGAAACCUGUAACUGUAAUUCAGAACCA